CCUGCCUUGCCGCUUGGCUUGUAUGAUUGUAUCUCUCUCCUCUAUAUAUGUAUGUAGGAGUAUGAUAUUUGCAUCUCAUCUGCUACCUACGCUGCCACAAGCCAAAUCAAGGCAAGGAACAAAAUCGGGCGUGCACAUGGAGUGAAGAUCGCCCAUUCCCAUUCCCAUUCCCAACGCCACUCAUCAACGGAGGAGACCAACACCUUCCUUCCUUUCCUUUCCUCCACCACUCUCUCCACUUCUCCAGAGACAAAGACAGAGACCACCACUACCCAUCGAUCGAGCUUGGCUUGGCUUGGCCAUGGAUCCUCCUGGCCCGGGGAUACAGCUGGGCACGCUCUCCGGCAGCCGCCGCAGCAUGGGCUCCUCCUACGGCUCGCGCCGCUCCGGAGGUGGAGGUGGCUCCAUCUCCCACUCCUUCCGCCAGCCCGCCGGCGCCGACGACCCCUUCGGCCGCGCCGCAUCGCAGCAGGGCCACGACGACGACGAGGAGAACCUCCGAUGGGCGGCCCUGGAGAAGCUGCCCACCUACGACCGCAUGCGCCGGGCCGUCCUCCUAAGUCACGCUGGUGGCGCCGACGGUGAUGAGCUCCAGGGCUUGGUGGACAUCGAGCAGCUGGCCAGCGGCGAGGCCGGCCGGGCCCUGCUGGAGAGGGUGUUCCAGGACGACAGCGAGCGGUUUCUGACAAGAUUGAGGGACCGUGUGGACCGGGUGGGCAUUGACCUGCCGGCGAUCGAGGUGAGGUACCAGGGCUUGUCGGUGGAGGUGGACGCCUUCGUCGGCACCAGCGCCUUGCCCACGCUCUGGAACUCGGCAACUAACUUCCUACAGAGUCUUGUCGGACGCCUCGCUUCCUCCAACAAGAAGACCAUCAACAUACUCCGAAACGUCGACGGCAUCCUCAAACCAUCCAGGAUGACCCUUCUGCUUGGACCUCCAUCUUCAGGAAAGAGCACACUCAUGCGAGCCCUCACUGGCAAGCUAGACAAAACCCUCAAGGUAUCUGGCAGCAUCACCUACUGUGGUCAUACGUUUGAGGAGUUCUACCCGGAGAGGACCAGCGCGUACGUUAGCCAGUACGAUCUACACAACGCAGAGAUGACUGUAAGGGAGACGCUCGAUUUCUCCAGGCGCUGCUUAGGUGUGGGUGCCAGAUAUGACAUGCUCGCUGAGCUUGCCGCCAGGGAGCGUGAAGCAGGCAUAAAGCCAGACCCUGAGAUCGAUGCUUAUAUGAAAGCUACUGCCGUGCAAGGACAGCAGACUAACAUUGUUACCGAUCUUACUCUCAAGGUGCUUGGGCUUGACAUUUGUGCCGAUAUGCCCAUUGGUGACGAGAUGAUCAGAGGAAUUUCUGGCGGGCAAAAGAAGCGUGUAACAACCGGGGAGAUGUUAACGGGACCUGCAAGGGCUUUGUUCAUGGAUGAGAUUUCCACUGGUUUGGACAGCUCUAGCACAUUUGAGAUUGUGAAAUACAUAAGGCAGCUGGUCCAUGUGAUGAAUGAGACCGUGAUGAUCUCCCUCCUACAACCACCGCCAGAGACCUACAACCUCUUUGAUGACAUUAUUCUGCUAUCAGAAGGGUACAUAGUGUAUCAUGGGCCACGCGACAACAUCUUGGACUUCUUUGAAGCUGCCGGUUUCCGGUGCCCUGAAAGGAAAGGAGUUGCUGACUUUCUUCAAGAGGUCACUUCCAAGAAAGACCAGCAGCAGUACUGGUACCUUGACCAGCAGCAGUAUCGUCACGUGUCUGUCCCAGAGUUUGCCCAACGUUUCAAGUCAUUCCAUGUAGGGCAGCAGAUGCUCAAGGAGCUGCAAAUCCCUUUUGACAAGUCCAAAACUCAUCCUGCUGCCUUGACCACCAACAAGUAUGGGCAGUCCAGCUGGGAGUCAAUCAAGACAGUGCUGUCGAGAGAGCAGCUACUGAUGAAGCGCAACUCCUUCAUCUACAUCUUCAAGGUUACCCAGUUGAUCAUCCUUGGGCUCAUGGCCAUGACUGUGUUCCUCAGAACAAAGAUGCCAUAUGGCCACAUCUCCGACGGCGGCAAAUUCUUUGGUGCUCUGACUUUCAGUUUAAUCACCGUCUUGUUCAAUGGGUUUGCUGAGCUACAACUGACAAUUAAAAUGCUUCCUACCUUCUACAAACAAAGGGAUUUCCUCUUCUUCCCCCCGUGGACCUUUGCGCUGGUAACAAUCAUCUUAAGAAUUCCUGUUUCGCUUAUGGAGUCCGCGGUAUGGGUCGUCCUCACCUACUAUGUCAUGGGCUUCGCACCUGCUCCAGGAAGGUUCUUUCGUCAGCUUUUAGCUUUCUUUGGUACUCACCAAAUGGCAAUGGGUUUGUUCCGAUUUCUUGGUGCUGUUUUGAAAUCAAUGGUUGUGGCCAACACCUUUGGGAUGUUUGUGAUGCUUCUUAUUUUCAUAUUUGGAGGAUUUAUCAUACCUAGAGGUGACAUCCGACCAUGGUGGAUCUGGGCUUACUGGUCAUCUCCUAUGAUGUACAGUCAAAAUGCAAUAUCAGUCAAUGAAUUCCUUUCUAGUAGGUGGGCCAACACAAACACUGAAGCAUCUAUCAAAGCAUCCACAGUAGGCGAGGCUAUUCUUAAAUCCAAAGGCUUGUUUACUGGAGAUUGGGGAUUUUGGAUUUCCAUGGGAGCCAUCCUAGGGUUCACUAUUUUGUUCAACAUAUUGUACAUUCUGGCACUUACGUACUUGAGCCCUCCCAGCGGCUCAAACACAGUUUCAGACAAGGAGAAUGAGAAUGUGACAAACACUUCAACACCGAUGGGUACCAAUAUUAAUGAAGCCACAAACCGACCAACUCAGACUCAAAUCACCUUGCCUUUCCAGCCUCUUGCACUAUCUUUCAACCAUGUAAACUAUUACGUGGACAUGCCUGCAGAAAUGAGGGAGCAAGGAUUCGCCGAAAGUCGUCUCCAGUUGCUCUCUGAUAUCAGUGGUGCUUUUAGGCCAGGUGUUCUGACAGCAUUAGUUGGUGUGAGUGGAGCUGGGAAAACCACUCUAAUGGAUGUCUUGGCAGGAAGGAAAACUAGUGGAUCUAUUGAGGGAAGCAUCACCCUCUCUGGUUACCCUAAAAAACAAGAAACUUUUGCCCGCAUCAGUGGCUAUUGUGAACAGACUGAUAUCCAUUCACCAAAUGUUACUGUCUAUGAAUCCAUUCUCUACUCUGCCUGGUUGCGUCUUUCCUCGGAUGUUGACGAAAAAACAAGAAAGAUGUUUGUGGAGGAAGUCAUGACUCUUGUAGAGCUUGAUGUCUUGCGUAAUGCUAUGGUUGGUCUCCCUGGAGUGGACGGGUUAUCCACUGAACAAAGAAAGAGACUGACAAUUGCCGUCGAGCUGGUAGCAAAUCCUUCAAUCAUAUUCAUGGAUGAGCCAACUUCUGGUCUUGAUGCUAGAGCCGCGGCCAUUGUAAUGCGCGCGGUGAGAAAUACAGUCAACACUGGGCGAACUGUGGUUUGCACAAUCCAUCAACCCAGCAUCGAUAUAUUCGAGUCUUUUGAUGAGCUUCUGCUUAUGAAAAGAGGAGGACAGGUUAUUUAUGCUGGUGAACUUGGUCGCCACUCUUAUAAACUUGUUGAAUAUUUUGAGGCAAUUCCAGGUGUUGAAAAGAUCACAGAAGGAUAUAAUCCCGCAACAUGGAUGCUGGAAGUUAGCUCCCCCUUAGCCGAGGCUCGCCUGAACGUAAAUUUUGCUGAAAUUUAUGCUAAUUCUGAUCUGUAUAGGAAAAACCAAGAACUUAUUAAGGAAUUAAGCAUUCCCCCGCCAGGCUACGAGGAUCUCUCAUUUCCUACCAAGUAUUCUCAGAAUUUCUACAACCAAUGCAUUGCAAACUUCUGGAAGCAAUACAAAUCAUAUUGGAAGAAUCCGCCCCACAACGCCAUGCGCUUUCUCAUGACGAUGAUCAAUGGCCUUGUAUUUGGCACGGUGUUUUGGCAGAAAGGGACAAAAAUAGGCUCGCAACAAGAUCUGUUCAAUCUACUCGGAGCCACAUAUGCUGCUGUCUUCUUCCUUGGGGCUGCCAACUGCAUCACUGUUCAGCCUGUUGUGUCAAUCGAGCGAACGGUUUUCUACCGUGAAAAGGCGGCAGGGAUGUACUCUCCGUUAUCCUAUGCAUUCGCUCAGACAUGCGUGGAGGUGAUCUACAACAUCGCGCAGGGGAUUGAAUACACGGUGAUCAUCUAUGCGAUGAUUGGAUAUGAGUGGAAAGCGGCAAAGUUCUUUUAUUUCCUCUUCUUCAUAGUUUCAAGCUUCAACUACUUCACAUUGUUUGGCAUGAUGCUGGUAUCAUUGACCCCGUCUUCCAUGCUCGCAAACAUACUGAUAUCGUUUGUACUCCCUCUUUGGAACCUGUUUGCUGGGUUCCUCGUCGUCAGACCGUUGAUACCGAUCUGGUGGAGGUGGUACUACUGGGCCAACCCUGUGUCAUGGACCAUCUACGGCGUGGUGGCGUCGCAGUUUGGCGACAACAAGAGUCCUCUGAAGGUCCCCGGCGGGAGCGACACGUUUGUGAAGCAGUUCUUGGAGGACAAUCUGGGCAUCAAGCACGAUUUCCUUGGGUAUGUGGUGCUGGCGCACUUUGCCUUCAUCAUCGCCUUCUUCUUUGUGUUUGGCUACUCCAUCAAGGUGUUGAACUUCCAGAAACGUUAGGGCAAUGUUUAUUUUAUUUAUCAUAGCGUUUGUUUGUGUGUAUAUGAAUGGAGUAAUGUAUAGUAGAAAGAGUAGAGUUGACAAGGGAAAUUGUUGCAUAGAUAGGCCAGACCUGGUGGUAUAAAUUAGAGGAAUGAGACCUAUUUUUUUUCUUCUUUCGGUUCUGUUUCACCAUUGAUAUUAAAUACGGAAAAGUUCAUUUUUGGUGUGAAACUA